AUGUAUUAUACGGUGGCACAUGUUACGGGUAUAUUUGGCGGUUAUAAAUUAUCGGUAGCAAGAAAACACGAUGUUACUAACAAAUUAACGGCUGGUGAAAUCCAAGCAGGUGGCGGUAUUUUCUGGGGUGGCAAAGAUUACGCCACGUGGCGUGGAAAAGACACCUACCAUUAUUAUACCCAGAAACGACAUUUAUUAUUUGAACGAUUUGAACAAAUGUCUAAUAACCGUAUAAUAAUUCCCCCAUCAAAUUCGACGGUAAAAACAUUGUUGCCUAAUUGUUUAUUGACCGUACGAAAUGUUCGGGAAUUAGACGAGAAUGUGAAAUUUAUAUUUGAACGCACACCGGGAUAUAAUGUGGAUAGUUUUGCACUGGCUAGCGGUGUUUUAAACCGUUCAAAAUUAUCCAUUGUUCUGAACAUCUACGAGAAUCUAUAACACCAUGUGUAAAAAAAAUAAAAUAUUCAUUCAUCAUGCAGCAAUCAGACUAUGAAAAGCUGUUAAAAGGCGGCGGUACGCGUUAUAAGGGUACACGUUUGUAUGUAUUACCAGGGAAAGCAUCAACUGUUGAAGAACGUGCUGCCGGGAAUAUUUGCCCGCCAGCCCAAUUAAAUCCGGACUACGAACGAAAUCCAAAAUUGCAAAGGGUUGGUAAAAUAAAACCAAGAGAACCCAAACAACCGCAAGUAAGACGUGAAAAUACAUCCAUACCACCUGAACUUUUAAAAUUAAUCUAUGGGAAGUAA